GUCCACCACCGACUGUCUCCCCACCCUGGACAAGCUAGGCGUCCAGCCUACGGCGCUCUCCUCCAUCCCGGCUAAAGACAUUGCCGACGAAUGGGUAAGGCGCUUUGGCGCAGCGAUGGAGGCGAACGACGCAGGUGGCGUCUUGAACCUCUUCGUCGACGAGAAGAUCGUGGACAUCUAUUGGCGCGACCUACUCGCCCUCACCUGGGACUUCCGCACAUUCAAGAAUUCGGAACGCAUCGAGCCGUUCCUGAGCGAUCGCCUCAAUAAAUCGAAGAUCAGCAACGUCAAACUGGACGCCGCCUCCGUCUCCCUCGAUAGGCCGGCACCCGACCUCGCCUGGAUCCGCGGGUUCUUCGGCUUCGAGACGGCGGUCGGUGUCGGUGUUGGCCUCUUCAGACUCGUUCCCGUCCCCGUAUCCGGCGAUGGCGCGACCGGGAACGAGGUCAACGGCCUGGCGUGGAAAGCGCACACUGUCUUCACCAAUUUGAAAGAGCUCAAGGGCUUCCCGGAGAAAGUCGGCCCCUUACGGGAGCAUAACCCAUCGCAUGGCAAGUGGGUUGAUAAACGGCGUAGAGAGGUGGAGUUUGAAGACACCGAGCCUCAAGUCAUCGUGAUUGGCGCUGGACAAAGCGGGCUGGAUGCGGCUGCCAGGCUGAAGCUGAUGGACAUCCCGACUCUUGUUCUGGAAAAGCAGGCGCGUAUCGGAGACCAAUGGAGGAAUCGAUACGAGGCCUUGUGUCUCCACGACCCCGUCUGGUACGAUCAUAUGCCUUACCUACCAUUCCCUCCCAAUUGGCCGGUUUACACCCCAGCUCAGAAGCUCGCGGACUGGUUAGAGGCUUACGCGCAUAACAUGGAGUUGAACGUGUGGACGUCGGCCACGGUGUUGAAGACUGAACAAGACGAAAAGACGAAGAAGUGGACCGUCGUCGUCAGACGCGGUGACGGAAAGGAGCGGACCUUCUCCGUCGAUCACCUCGUGUACGCCCUCGGAUUAGCAGGCGGCGUGCCCAACAUGCCUGACAUCCCCGGGAAGGAGGAGUUCAGCGGCCAAAUCUUGCACUCAACUCAGCACCAUCGCGCAACCGACCACGUUGGCAAGAAAGUUGUCAUCGUCGGCGCAUGUACUUCUAGUCAUGACAUCGCCGCGGACUACGUAGAACACGGCGUCGACGUUACCAUAUACCAGCGCUCCUCGACAUAUAUCAUGAGCACUAAGCAGGGAAUGCCGCGCAUGCUCGGGGUAUACUGGAACCAGCCUGUCCCAGUCGAGGUCGCCGAUAUGUUGGGUGCAUCGUUCCCGAACUAUUUCCUCAAGCACAUGCACAAACGCGUGGCACGUGCGAUCGCUGAUGCUGACAAGAAACUACUCGAGGACCUGAACAAGGUCGGCUUCAAGACAAAUCUCGGCCCCGAAGACUCCGGUUUCUUGCUCAUGGCGUACAGUCGCGGAGGAGGAUACUACCUCGACGUCGGCGCUAGCCAGAUGGUCAUCGACGGAAAGAUCAAGAUCAAGAACGGGAGCGGCAUCGAGCGCUUCACCAAGUCUGGCAUCAAGUUUGCGGACGGCAGCGAGAUACCCGCUGAUGUCGUCAUCUUCGCCACGGGCUUUGGUGAUCCGCGGACGGCGAUCGCGUCUGUCAGCGGAAAGGAAAUCGCAGACAAGUGCAAGCCCAUCUGGGGGCUGAACGCAGAGGGCGAAAUCCGCGGCAACGCUCGCGAGAUUGGGCUCCCGAAUCUUUGGUACCUAAUGGGAAACCUUGCGUUAUGUCGUUUUCAUUCGACACACUUAGCUCUUCAGAUAAAGGCGAAGCAAGAGGGUGUGUUCGGCACACGAUACAGCGCUCAGGAUUGACGGCCCCCUGCACCAACAUGAUCACUUAUCGCAAUAAGAUACGAGCUAUAUGUUACGAUAAGGUGCA